AUUUUUGUAUAUUUUUUAUUUAUCUCUUCCCUUUGUUUAUAAAUGGCCCCGUUGGCUUUGAGCAUAAAUUCAUCGACUGCUAUAGUCGAUGUUUGCUUCUCGAACGAUUGUAUAAAAACAGCAUCCAGUAUACUCCAGUCUAUCGACAUGAACAUUGAUCCAUGCUCUGACUUUUACCAAUACACCUGUGGUAAUUGGAUCAAAGACGCGGUAAUUCCUGAGGAAUUAGCAGGCUUCGGGAUUUUGGAAGUAGAAUCAAAAAGACUGAAAGACAAGUUACGAAUGAUUUUAGAUGGCACAUAUAAAGAUUUAUUGAGCGCCACACUAUCACGAUCCAGUUUUCAAGUGGAGCAUGCAGAUGAUAUCAAGAUUGACAAGAAGAACUUUGGAAUUAUUCAAGACUAUUAUAACUCGUGCUUAGAUAUAGAGAUAAACAGUGAUAAUGUUCUUUCCAGUUUCUUUCAGGAUCUCAGUCAAUUAAAAUACGAAGAAGAAUUCAGCCAGCAACAAAAUCUCACUUUUCAUAUCACACCCAAUAUAAUGACUAUUUUGACUUACCCGAAAUCUUCGGAUAGCAUCAUUAUUGAAGUGGGAGGUUUGUUUUCAAUGGAAAUCUCUCCCGAUGCUAUCGAUAAAAAAAUUAUGUCCAUUGCUUUAUACCCUCCAAGCGAAUUUAAUGACCUGUAUGUCGCACCAUUCCAGGAUGAAGGCUCGACAAAACUAUUUGGGCUGGUUUCCUCUGUAUUCGGCAUGAAAAACUCAACAGCGCGAGACAGAGACAGGCUUAGUUACUUGAUGGAGUCAGGUUUAGAAGCAUUGUCAGACGACAAAUUAUAUACCUUGGUGGAAGAUGCGAUAACUGUCCAACAAAGGCUGUUUCAAUUAACCAAUUCUGAAGCCGAAGAGCUGACUUAUAACUUCACCCUUGAUGAAAUUGAUGAAAUAUUCCCGUUUGUUGCUUGGCUUGAUAUCUUUGAAGCCAAUAUACCCAAGGGCCGCGACAUGGCCAACCUUACAAUUCAAAUAAGCAACAUUGAAUACUUUAAUGAGCUAAAUUACUUUUCGAAUGUUGACGAUCCCACACGCACUUUAAACAAGGACGCAAUCCAAAACUAUCUUAUUGUCCACAAAAUUCACCACGAGGCACCUAAUUUAGACCCUGAGUUGCGUAUGCUAAUGCCUGAUACGCCUUUUCAAACAAGGUCAAGCUUAUGUGUUGACAAGUUGCACGAAAAUUUAGGUCUUUUGACGGGCAGAUUCUAUGCAAUGAUUGCAUCACACGGUGAGUCGGAUCGACUUAGGUUAGAGUCAAUUGCGAACAACAUAAAAGCUUCCCUUGGCAACAGGAUACAGCAAGCCGAUUGGUUGGAUGAACCGACAAGAGAAUCCGCUAUAAAAAAGCUUAAUAAAAUGAGCCAGUCUAUAUCUUAUAGUGUCAAUUCGCCUGAUGAACGUUCUCCACGAGAUAUGCAUGCUUACAUGCGUGGCUUAAAACAAAAUGGCGACAGCUUCUAUGAGAAUGAAAAGGCAGUGACUACAUGGACACUGCAAACAUACUGGGAUACGUUAUGCAGAGAAAUGAAUCCUAAUGAAUGGAUUGGUAUAUCAACACCUCAGGUUGUCAACGCCUUUAAUUUGCUAUCUAAAAAUAACAUUGUUGUUAGUGUAGCAUUUGCCCAAAAACCUAAUUAUGAUCAAAGUUACCCGGACUACCUCAAUUACGGUGGAAUCGGACAAACACUUGCUCACGAGUACUCGCAUGCAUUCGAUGAUUACGGUUCUCAAUAUGAUGAAAUUGGAGCAGAGCGAAACUGGUGGUCCGAAUCAACAAAAAUGAAAUAUGCCGAAAAGACCCAAUGUUUUGUUGACCAAUACUCAAAAGCAACAGUUGUUGACGAAAAUGGAAAAAAAUACUCGAUCGAUGGCUCUUUGACUUUAGGAGAAAACAUCGCUGACAAUGAAGGUCUAUCAGCAACCUAUGAUGCCUAUUUAAAAUCAAAAUUAAAUGGGAAAGGCUAUAACCCUAUUCUUCCUGGUUUACAACAGUUUUCUUCAGAAGCACUUUUUUUUAUUAAUGCAGGCCGGUCAUUUUGUUCCAAACCAUUGAGGGGUACCAUUAAAGACUCGCUUGCGGAUGAACACGCACCUGAUUCUAUACGAGCAAACAAGGUGUUUCAAAACAAUGUGGAUUUUGCUAAAAUAUUCAAUUGCCCGGUUGGAAGCAAGAUGAAUCCCAUUACCACCAAGUGUAAAAUAUGGUAACACAAUAGAACUAUAAUUUUUUGUAAAUAAAUCAUCGCCACAUAUAUUGCAUAUCACA